AUGGCGACGGCAACAGUCACAAGCACCAAGAAAAAGGGGGUCGACCUCGCGCCCGAGAGCGAGCGCUUCCUGCGAUGCUGCGCCGACGUCGCAAACGCAUUGAUCGAGGACCAUGAGGCGACCAAAGACGGCCGCCCGUCUCGCGACAUCAACCUCAACUCGCUACGCUCCAAGCUCUCCAAGAAGCACAAGCUGGCCAACAUCCCUCCCUUGACCGCCAUCAUCGCCGCCAUCCCCGAGCACUACAAGAAAUACAUCCUACCCAAGCUCGUCGCCAAACCCAUCAGAACAUCGUCGGGAAUAGCAGUCGUCGCCGUCAUGUGCAAGCCUCAUCGAUGUCCUCACAUCGCCUACACCGGCAACAUCUGCGUCUAUUGCCCCGGCGGUCCCGACUCCGACUUUGAGUACAGCACGCAAUCAUACACUGGAUACGAGCCCACGUCCAUGCGAGCCAUCCGCGCGCGCUAUGAUCCCUUUGAGCAGGCACGAGGCCGAGUGGACCAGCUCAAGUCGCUCGGCCACUCGGUGGACAAGGUUGAAUACAUAAUCAUGGGCGGCACCUUCAUGUCGUUGCCCAACUCGUAUCGUGAAGACUUCAUCUCGCAGCUGCACAAUGCGCUGAGCGGCUAUCAGACCUCCAAGGUGGACGAGGCGGUCGAGGCAGGCGAGAUGAGCAACGUCAAGUGCGUCGGCAUCACCAUCGAGACACGGCCCGACUACUGUCUGCAGCCGCACCUCUCCGACAUGCUGAGGUACGGCUGCACCAGGCUGGAAGUCGGAGUGCAGUCGCUCUACGAGGACGUGGCGCGCGACACCAAUCGCGGCCAUACCGUGGCAUCGGUCGCCGAAACAUUCUGCCUUGCCAAGGAUGCCGGCUUCAAGGUCGUCAGCCACAUGAUGCCGGAUCUCCCCAACGUGGGCAUGGAGCGCGACAUGGACCAGUUCCGCGAGUAUUUCGAGAAUCCCGCAUUCCGGACCGACGGGCUCAAGAUCUACCCGACCCUCGUCAUCCGGGGCACCGGACUCUACGAGCUGUGGCGAACGGGACGCUAUCAAAACUACACGCCCAACGGGUUGGUGGACCUCGUGGCGAGGAUAUUGGCUCUGAUACCGCCAUGGACUCGCAUUUACCGUGUCCAGCGAGAUAUCCCGAUGCCCCUCGUGACGUCGGGCGUCGAGAACGGCAACCUGCGAGAGCUUGCCCUGGCCCGGAUGAAGGAUUUUGGAACGACAUGUCGAGACGUACGGACCAGAGAAGUUGGAAUCAACGAGGUCAAGAACAAGAUUAGGCCGAACCAAGUCGAGUUGGUGCGCAGAGAUUACGCUGCCAACGGCGGCUGGGAAACCUUUCUGGCAUACGAGGAUCCCAAGCAAGACAUCCUGGUUGCCCUGUUACGGCUGCGCAAAUGCACAGAAAAGUACACGUACCGAGAGGAGCUCACCGGCCAGCCCAGCAGCAUGAUCCGCGAGCUCCACGUGUACGGUACCGCGGUGCCCAUACACGCGCGCAAUCCCCGCAAGUUUCAACACCAGGGCUUCGGCACGCUGCUUAUGGAGGAGGCCGAGAGGAUCGCGCGCGACGAGCACGGCAGCGACAAGAUCAGCGUCAUCUCCGGAGUCGGUGUGCGAAGCUACUAUAAGAAACUCGGCUACUGGCUGGACGGUCCGUACAUGAGCAAGUGGAUCGACGGGCGCGACGGGGACGGACAGGAAUGA